CCUGCAAGGUCCCAUCCCCUGCCUUCUAGCCCUUUUUACCCCUGGGGGGCAGAAACCUUGUAAACUAAGUUCUCACGGUGCCCCAAAUCCAGCUAGCUCCGAAGCCUUGCUUUUCCAUUCCACCCCACCCCCUCCACCCACAUGGCUGAGGUCACCCUCGCCCAGCCUCUUUUGCAACCUUCCCAAGUUCGUGCAUGAGAGAGAGAAGAGGAAAACUCAGAAGGAAGUGGCUGGGUCUCACCAAACUCCCUUUUUUACUCCCAAAGCCUUUUGGCUCUGACCCGGCUGACAGCGUCGUUUUAAGAGGAGCCCCCCCCCGCCCCCCACAACACAGAGAGAACCUCCUCCUGCCUUUGGAAGCUGAAAGGGCCCUGGAAGCUUUUCUUGGUUCCUGUCUGUUCCAGCAGCACCAGAGGCUCCGAAGCCCCUCCAUGAAUCCUCGGAAGAAGGUGGACCUCAAGCUCAUCAUCAUUGGAGCCCUGGGUGUAGGCAAGACCUCCCUCCUCCACCAGUAUGUACAUAAGACAUUUUAUGAAGACUAUCAGACCACACUGGGGGCCAGCAUCCUCUCUAAGAUCAUCAUAUUGGAUGACACGACUUUGAAGCUACAGAUCUGGGACACAGGCGGACAGGAGCGCUUCCGCUCCAUGGUGUCCACAUUCUACAAAGGCUCUGAUGGCUGCAUCCUGGCUUUUGAUGUCACUGACCUGGAGUCUUUUGAAGCCCUGGAAACCUGGCGGGGUGAUGUUCUGGCCAAAACCAUUCCGAUGGAGCAGUCCUACCCCAUGGUGGUGCUGGGGAACAAGAUCGAUCUGGCAGACCGUCAGGUGCCGCAGGAGGUAGCCCAAGGCUGGUGUAAAGAGAAGGACAUUCCCUAUUUUGAAGUCAGUGCCAAGAAUGACAUCAAUGUGGUACAGGCCUUUGAGAUGCUGGCCGGUCGGGCUCUGUCGAGGUAUCGAAGCAUCUUAGAGAGUUACUUCACAGACUCCAUCAAGCUCUCACCAGAAGACCAGUCCAAGAGCAGAUGCUGUUGACCUUGCAGACUCCGGCUCUGCAUGCCCAGAGGCAGAGCACGCCUAGGGCCUGGUUGUCCCAGGCCCCCACCAGCCUCAUCCCCUGCCCAUGCUCAGCCCAGCAGUCUAGGCUCUGUGGCCAGGGCCCUGAACCCCCUUGCACCUGCCCUGGAUCCAGAACCAGAGGGCAGCCCCGCCUCAGGCUGAGCGUAGUAAAGACAGGACCAGGCCCUUGAGUCCAGAAGAAACUUAGAAUGUCACCGCCACGUCCUGGGGAGUCACAAUUCUCUUGCUGCCGCCAGCCUUCUUGCCACCCACCCUCCCCAAACACACCCCUGCCUCUAGGAUGCCCAUCUCUGCAGACAGGAUGCUGUCUGUUAUAUUCCUCCAUGGACUGGCCGUUCUCGCCCCAUCCACCACCACCUCCCAUCAGAGCCACAGCACAGCUUUGGACAAAGAUGUAGCUCAGCCUCUCUUGUAGCCGAGGCCAGGGAGUGAGGGUCUACUUCAACCUCUGGCGCAGCUGUUCAGGCCUGGCCCUCCGCCCCCCCCCCACCCCGUCUCCCCCCACUUCAGAGUGCAGGACAGAGGGAGCCCAGGAAUACCCUCCAGAGACUGGUGCGUUUCUCCCUGCUGUGCUCAGGCAACUCCUGUAACUCUCUCAGAGCCUGUUUAUUCAUCUGUCAAAUGGGGAUGGCACAUGUUCUGCCUGCCUCGGUGUGGUUUUCAGGACUGGAAGCUCUGCUUAAGUCUCAGUUGCUCUUGUUGAGAUACAUUUACUAUUCUUUCAACAAGUAUUUUUGCGUAUCUACUAUGUAUGAUGCACUGAGGUCCAGUGGCAAACGUAACAGAGACCUUGCUCUCCUGGAUCUGACAUUCUGGUGAAGGAGAGAGGAAAUAAACACUGAACUUAAACAGACA